AAAAAAAAAAUCAUCUCCACUCUUAUCCCUCUCAAAACCUCCAAACGUGAAAUGGCACUGCCAUCAACUUCAGUCUCCAUAUCUCCUUUCCCACUCCAUCUCCUCCCUUCGUCAGACCCACCUUACAAGCUCCUCCAAAACCACCCAUCCCUUUCCCUCCUCUCGAAAUGCAGGACCAUCCAAACCCUCAAACAAGUCCACUGCCAUAUAAUCAAAACCGGCCUCCACCACACCCAGUUUGCUCUCAGCAAGCUCAUCGAAUUCUGCGCCGUUUCGCCUUUUGGUGACUUGCCUUAUGCUCUUUUACUCUUUGAAUCCAUUGUUGAACCCAAUCAAGUUAUUUGGAACACAAUGAUUAGAGGAUUUUCAUUGAGUUCAUCCCCUGGACUCGCCUUAGAAUUCUAUGUUAAAAUGAUCUGGUCCGGUAUUGUCCCGAAUUCUUAUACUUUUCCUUUCGUUUUAAAAUCUUGUGCGAAAACAGCAAGUUCCCAGGAAGGGAAACAGAUUCAUGGACAAGUUUUGAAGCUUGGGCUUGAGUCUGAUGCCUUUGUUCAUACUUCCCUUAUUAAUAUGUAUGCGCAAAAUGGUGAAUUUGGUAAUGCGCGGUUGGUGUUUGACAAAAGUCAUCUAAGAGAUACGGUCUCUUAUACUGCACUGAUAACGGGUUAUGUUUCGAUUGGUUAUAUGGAAAAUGCCCGAAAGCUUUUUGAUGAAAUUCCCAUAAGGGAUGUGGUGUCAUGGAACGCGAUGAUUGCAGGGUAUGCUCAAACAGGUCAACAUGAAGAGGCAUUGGCCUUCUUUGAAGAGAUGAUUGGAGCAAAUGUCGUGCCUAAUGAAAGCACAUUGGUUUCGGUCCUUUCAGCUUGUGCUCAGUCGGGUUCUCUUGAAUUGGGGACGUGGGUUAGGUCUUGGAUUAAUGAACAUGGACUUGGUUCUAAUAUUCAUCUUGCUAAUGCACUUAUUGAUAUGUAUUCUAAGUGUGGUGAUUUGGACACAGCUUUUGAUUUGUUUGAGGGUUUACAGCAAAGGGAUGUAAUUUCAUGGAAUGUAAUGAUUGGUGGUUAUACACAUAUGAGCUACUAUAAAGAAGCCUUAGGACUUUUUCGGCGAAUGCUAAGAUCAAAUAUAGAGCCAAGUGAUGUCACUUUCUUAAGCGUUCUUCCAGCUUGUGCUAACCUUGGUGCCCUUGAUCUUGGCAAAUGGAUUCAUGCUUACAUAGACAAGAAUUUUCAAAAUUCAACCAAUAUCUCUCUUUGGACGAGUCUUAUUGAUAUGUAUGCUAAGUGUGGAAGUAUAGAAGCAGCACAACAAGUCUUUAAUGGUAUGGAACAGAAAAAUUUGGCUUCUUGGAAUGCAAUGAUAUCUGGACUAGCAAUGCAUGGGCUGGCAGAUAAGGCCCUUGAGCUUUUCUCACAAAUGAUGGGUGGAGGUUUAAAACCUGAUGAUAUCACAUUUGUCGGUGUGUUAUCUGCUUGUACCCAUGCUGGUUUGCUUGAUCUUGGACGGCAGUAUUUUAGUUCAAUGGGCCAAGAAUAUGCAAUUUCACCUGACCUGCAACAUUAUGGAUGCAUGGUAAAUCUUCUAGGACGAGCUGGGCUGUUUGAUGAAGCAGAAGCUUUGAUUCAGAAUAUGGAAAUGAAGCCAGAUGGUGCAAUCUGGGGUUCUUUGCUUGGAGCUUGUAGAGUGCAUAAGCGCGUUGAGUUAGGUGAAUCAGUGGCCCAGCGUCUUUUGGAGCUGGAGCCUGAUAAUCCUGGGGCUUAUGUGCUCUUGUCAAAUAUCUAUGCUGGAGCUGGUAGAUGGGAUGAUGUAGCUCGAAUAAGAACCUUGCUAAAUAACAAGGGAAUGAAGAAAGUUCCUGGUUGCAGCUCUAUCGAGGUGGAUAGUGUUGUUCAUGAGUUUCUCGUCAGUGACAAAGUGCAUCCCCGAUGCAAAGAAAUUUAUGACAAGUUGAAUGAAGUCGACACGCUUCUGGAGAAGGCUGGAUUUGUGCCUGAUACAUCAGAGGUAAUCCGUGACAUGGAUGAGGAAUGGAAGGAAGGAGCAUUGAGUCAUCACAGCGAGAAGUUAGCAAUUGCUUUUGGAUUGAUCAGUACAAAGCCAGGGACAACAAUUAGAAUUGUAAAGAAUCUUCGGGUAUGUGGAAAUUGCCAUUCAGCUACGAAGCUAAUAUCCAAGAUCUUCAACAGAGAAAUUAUUGCCAGAGACAGAAACCGCUUCCACCAUUUCAAAGAUGGUUUCUGCUCAUGCAAGGACUAUUGGUGAAACCUUAUCAACUUGUAGUUAUAUUUGGGAAGAAUUUAAAGGGCACAUCAAAAUC